UUUGCGGGAUGGCUGAUGGCCUGCAGGAGUGGACUACUGACAUUGCUGCUUUCUUUUGGAAAUUCUGCACAGGGACAGAACAAACUUUCCAUCUGGCAGAAGCAGCUCUAACUCUUUCUUCCUUCCACACAGGUUGCUGGAGCUCUUUGAACUUUGGGGGAACCAGGGCCAGCAGCUGGCACAGUAGGAUGCCCCCGUGUCCUCCCCAGCAGAACAGGAACAGGUUGUCACAGCUGCCUGUUGGGGAGCUGGGUGAGAUGGAACUGACUUGGCAAGAGAUCAUGUCCAUUACUGAGCUGCAGGGUCUAAAUGUUCCAAGUGAGCCAUCCUUUGAGCCCCAAGUACCCACCCCAUACUCUGGACCACUGCCACCUCCAACAUACUGCCCCUGUUCAGUUCACCCAGAUACAGGCUUCUCCCUACCCCCACCACCUUAUGAGCUCCCAACUUCCACUCCCUCUGUCCCAGACCUCCCAUACUCCUAUGGCAACAUGGCUAUCCCAGUGUCAAAGCCCCUCACUCUUUCAGGCCUGCUGAACGAGCCCCUCCCAGACCCCUUAGCUCUUCUAGACAUUGGGCUGCCAGUGGGGCCACCCAAGCCCCAAGAAGACCCAGAAUCUGACUCGGGAUUAUCCCUCAACUACAGUGAUGCAGAAUCUCUUGAGCUAGAGGGCGCAGAGGCUGGCAGACGGAGGAAUGAGUAUGUGGACAUGUACCCAGUGGAGUACCCUUACUCCCACAUGCCAAGCUCCUUGGCCCACCCAAACUAUACUUUGCCACCCACAGAGAUACCCUUGGCCUUAGAGUCAUCCUCUGGCCUUGUGCGGGCUAAGCCUACUGUCAGGGGGGAGGCGGGGAGUCGGGAUGAGCGGCGGGCACUGGCCAUGAAGAUUCCCUUCCCUACGGACAAGAUCGUCAACUUGCCUGUAGAUGACUUUAAUGAAUUGUUGGCACAGUAUCCGUUAACAGAGAGCCAGCUGGCUCUAGUACGGGACAUUCGACGGCGGGGCAAGAACAAGGUGGCAGCCCAGAAUUGUCGCAAGAGAAAACUGGAAACCAUUGUGCAGUUAGAGCGGGAGCUGGAGCGGCUGGGCAGCGAGAGAGAGCGGCUUCUUAGAGCACGAGGAGAAGCCGACCGUACUCUGGAGGUCAUGCGGCAACAGCUGGCAGAACUGUACCACGACAUUUUCCAGCAUCUUCGGGAUGAAUCUGGCAACAGCUAUUCACCUGAGGAAUAUGUACUCCAACAGGCUGCUGAUGGGGCCAUCUUUCUGGUACCCCGUGGGACAAAGACAGAAGCCUCAGAUUGAGUGGGCCUAGAGAAGACCAACAAUGGUGCUAGGCCCACCCCCUAGGUAUUUCCCAACCUCAGGACCAGGAAGAGUUCUGACCAAGAGGGAAGGUGUAACCUAAAUUUGGAUGUUCCAAGGUAUGUUUGGUGAGGUUUACUUGGAAGCCAGGGAGUGUUGGCUUCCCAGGUCCCACCACGCCUCUACCUCUUGUCUAAUUGGUCCAUAAAAGAGCUGUGUGGAGAUAAGGUUUCUAUUGCGUCUUCCUUGAGGCCGCCAGAGCUAUUAAGGAAUCCUGAGCUCAUUUGAAGCACAGAAUGUGGGCAUGAGCCACAAGACAAUCUAUCCACCCUCAUUCACACCUCCAACCAGACACCAUGGAUGUUUUGAGGAACUCCACAGUCCUUGGUGGCCUCCAAUUUACAAAUGACAAGAGCCAUCAAACAGGGCUGCAUCUUCUGUGUAAAGUCUGCUCCCAGUCUCUGGAGCACAUGCAAACACAAAUCCCUACUAUUCUCCUGGGUCUGACCAAGGGGAUUGACUGUUCUUGACUGGAAUGAGAUGAAAUAUUCCAGUCAAGUGUGUAUUCCUGUGCAGCCUUCUAAAGGCUGUGCACUGAGCCUCCAGAAUGCUAGGCAAGUGAUGAGGUAAUCCCUGGUUGAGACAAAAGCUAUCCAACCCAUGCCAGGGGCUCAUUUUCACCCUUCUAGAUUUGAAACAGGAUCUCAUUAUGUAGACCAAGACAGCUACCAACUCCAUUUACCUGUCUCCAAAGUGCUGAGAUUGUGUACCACUAUACCCAGCCCACCCCAUCUUUUUAAAACAUUGUAUAUGAUUGAAUGCAUGUAUUGUAUUCAUGCGGAAACUUAUGGAGGUCAGGAGAAUUGGAGUGCUGGGAACUGUACAGGGUUAACUCUAACGUGGGCAAGGUCCCACAAACACCUGUUUUAUGGAAAAUGACCUUGAGCUCCCCAUCUUCCUCAACCUGACCUUACAAGCUGCUGACGCACAACUCCGGCCCAAGAUCCACCUUGUCUUUGUUUUGGAAAAACUGCUCUCAGGAUAAAGGCAGGGAUAGACCCUAGGCCAGGCAAAGAUAUUGUUUUAAACAAAGCUGGGCACUAGUGGCACACCUUUAAUCCCAGCACUAGAAAGGCAGAGGCAGGCAGAUGUAUGCCUAUCAAAUCUAAAAGCACAAUUUGGCUGUUUUGCCAAUCACAUUAUUGGGAUUAUACUUGGAGGAUUUUAGCUGUAGCCUGUUCACUUACUGCCUCUAUCCUAAGAGGAAAAACAGAGAAUGAGACCCAAGUGAUUUAGGAUACAGAAACCCUUCACGUUUGUGGACCUUAAAAUGCAUUUCUAAUCUGGGAUUUCUGUGUCAACUUUUGGCCUAGCAAUACUUUCUAUGGAAGCUCACAAAAAGCAGUAUGAAUAAAAAUAGUGGCCCAAGCAUAUUAUGCUCCCAGUCCUAAGAGGAAAAGGACUACCAUAAAUCUCUACAUGUUAUUUACAUGUACAUUAUCUGUAAGUAUGAUUAUAAGGCCAGCCAAGAACAGUCUCCAGAAGUACACCCCCAAGAAAAAUCAAAAUCCUAUACGGGUCUCUGGCUGCACAUCAACUGCUGCUCAGCAACUUCUAUAUCUACCACUGAGCACAACUAUUAUUAUCUCCGCAUUUCCUUUCAUGCUUUGGGUUCCUCACAACAGAACCCCCUUUCUCCACCCAAGCAGAGAUGGUCAAUUUAUUCUUCCUAGGUUCUCAGGGACAUUUGGUGACCAGUCUACUCCCUCAUACACGAACUCACAAUGCAUCAAUACACAUGCACCCAAAAUGUAACUUAAGGGCCAAAGAAACCUGAGUUAGAAAUGAUUCAGACUUGUCCUGC